AUGGCGUGGGUGUGGGCCCUGGAUCCCAUGGGGCUCUUCAACUCCUGUCCUUGUGACUGUGCCAUUUCUCCCCAUGACCAGUCUCCUGGCUUCCGGACUUUGAGCUCAGACUUCAAACGGCUGACGGGGCUGGGUGGAGAGGACCUUCCCACCAUCAUCAUCGUGGCCCACUACGACGCGUUCGGAGUGGCCCCGUGGCUGUCACUUGGCGCAGACUCCAACGGGAGCGGCGUCUCCGUGCUGCUGGAGCUGGCCCGCCUCUUCUCCAGGCUGUACACCUACAAGCGCACCCACGCCGCAUGAGUGUACAACCUGCUGUUUUUUGCUUCUGGAGGGGGCAAGUUUAACUACCAGGGCACGAAGCGCUGGCUGGAAGACAACCUGGACCACACAGACUCCAGCCUGCUGCAGGACAAUGUAGCCUUCGUCCUGUGCCUGGACACCAUGGGCCGGGGGAGCAGCCUGCACCUGUACGUGUCCAAACCUCCCCGGGAGGGGACCCUGCAGCAUGCCUUCCUGAGGGAGCUCGAGACGGUGGCCGCCCACCAGUUUCCCGAGGUGCGGUUCUCCAUGGUACACAAGAAGAUCAACCUGGCCGAGGACGCGCUGGCCUGGGAGCAUGAGCGCUUUGCCAUCCGCCGGCUGCCCGCCUUCACCCUGUCCCUCCUGGAGAGCCACCGCGACAGCCAGCGCAGCAGCAUCAUGGACGUGCGGUCCCGGGUUGAUUCUAAGACCCUGACCCGCAACACGAGGAUCAUCGCAGAGGCCCUGACCCGGGUCAUCUACAAUCUGACGGAGAAGGGGACGCCCCCGGAUAUGCCGGUGUUCACAGAGCAGAUGAUCCAGCAGGAGCAGCUGGACUCGGUGAUGGACUGGCUCACCUACCAGCCGCGGGCCGCACAGCUGCUGGACAAGGACGGCACGUUCCUCAGCACGCUGGGCCACUACCUGAGCCGCUACCUGAAGGACGUGAAGCAGCACCACGUCAAGGCCGACAAGCGGGACCCCGAGUUUGUCUUCUAUGACCAGCUCAAGAAGGUGAUGAACGCCUACAGGGUCAAGCCGGCCAUUUUUGACCUCCUCCUGGCCGUCUGCAUCAGCGCCUACCUCGGGAUGGCCUACACGGCAGUCCAGCACUUCGACCUCCUCUACAAGACAGUUCAGAGGCUGCUCGUGAAGGCCAAGACACAGUGA